GCCGGGACUAAAUAUUAGUAUUGAGAAAUCAUUAUCUAUUAAGCUGGUAUUCAGGAUUCAAUACAAGAAUAAAGCAUGUAUUUUAAGACCCUUUGUUAAGUUAUCCAACAGAGUUAAUUAAGUACGUUUCUUAUGUAAGAACUUGGCACUUUCGUUUCAUGCACUGAUGAAGAUGCUAAAAUCCAUGUGGACCUUAGUUGUCACCUCUGUUAAAUUAUUCAAAUUAGUCAUUGUUAAGUUAUCAUAUAGAGUUAGUUGUGUGUGUUUAUACAGCCAACACUCAACACUUUUAAGCUAUGUGCACAUGUCACUCACGUGAUUUUUCUUCUUUGCUCCAAGCUAGCUUGCCCCUUAUUUAUCCAGGUUAAGAUUCCAACGGUCUCUUCACUUUUGAGAAACAAUGGCAUCAAUAAUCACCGAUGAAUGUCAAAAUUUAAUCUUAAUCCCCUUAUGUUUCUUCGCAUUCCUCUGUCUUAUUUUCUUUUUCACAAAACCAACGCAUAGCGUCCGUUUGCCUCCAAGCCCUCCUUCUCUUCCAAUCAUCGGCCAUCUUCACCAUCUCCUAUUUUUCUUACUCGACAAGCCUUAUUUUUACAUUUUUGAUAUUAUACCUCACGUGUUCUUACAUAUGCUCUCUUCCAAAUAUGGAACUCUCCUCCUUCUCCGAGCCUCUUUCUUCCCCUUCAUCCUUGUCUCUUCAGCCUCUGUAGCCUACGAGAUCUUUACAGCUCACGACGUGAACGUUUCAUCUCGCAACCCCCCUACGAACGACGGGUCCCUCCUCUUCGAUACGUCUGGAUUCGUUACCGCACCUUAUGGAGGUCACUUUAAGUUCAUGAAGAAACUCAUCGUUACAAAGCUGUUGGGACCCAACGCGCAAGUCCAGUCACGAAGCAUCCGCACAGAUGAGCUAGAGCGGUUACGCGGGAACCUGCUCGACAAGGCGAGGAAGAAGGAGAGCGUUGAGAUUAACAAGGAAGCGAGGGAGCUUGUCGGGAACAUCGUUGCCAGGAUGACAAUGGGAAGGAGUUUUACAGAGGAGAACGGUGAUAUAGAGAGUAUCCUAAGUUUGGUUGCCAAGGCAAAUGCGUCGAAGAUAAAGAUUACCUUAUCAGUCUUGAUUUUUGGACAGCUCGAGAAGCUUGGAAUUUCAUGGUUCAAGAAAAGAAGGGUUUUCAAAAGAUUCGACAGGCUGUUGGAGAGGUUUCUUGAGGAACACAAAGAGAAACCAAAUAAGGAUCGAUGCAUGGAUAUGAUAGAUGUGUUGUUGGCAGUUUCUGAAGCUGAAAAUGCAGAAUACAAGACCACUAGGAACAACAUCAAGACGUUUUUGGUGGAGCUUCUCUUUGGAGGCAUUGAUACCUCGGUGAACUCAGUACAGUGGACAAUGGCCGAGAUCAUUAACAACCCUAUUAUUGCUGAGAGAUUGAGAGAAGAAGUUGAUUCCGUUGUAGGGAAAUCAAGGUUAAUUCAAGAAACGGAUCUGCCAAACCUCCCUUACUUGCAAGCAGUCAUCAAGGAAGCACUAAGAUUGCACCCACCAGUGCCUAUCAUACCAAGGGCAUUCAAUCAAGGAUGUACGGUAGGAGGAUUCUUCGUACCAGAGAAGACGACUCUUCUAGUUAACGUUUAUGCUGUGAUGAGAGAUCCAAAUGUAUGGGAAAAUCCUCUUGAGUUCAAGCCAGAGAGGUUUCUAACUUCUUUAAGUUCAGGGCAAGAAGAGGAGAGAAAAAGGCAAGUACUGAAGUACCUUCCUUUUGGUAGCGGAAGGAGAGGAUGUCCUGCAUCAAGUCUAGCUUAUACGAUAGUAGGAACAACAAUAGGAAUGUUGGUGCAGUGCUUUGACUGGAGAAUCAAAGGAGAGAAGGUCAACAUGGAUGAGUGCUUUAAAGAAUUCACCCAAACCAUGGCUUAUCCUCUUACGUUCACUCCUGUUACUCGAAUAUCCACCUUUGACUUAGAAAAUUCACUGAAUUUGCAGACAUAACAGUGAUCAGUGAUAUAGUAGAGUUUGUAAGAGUAGAAAAGAUAACUCUGCUCUAUUGAUUUUUCAUCUGCUUCACCUGCAUCAGACAUAAUCUUUUCCUGUUUUUAGUAUAGUUUGGUUGUGAUUCUCUUUUAGAACAUCUCUAAUGUAUUUUGCUAGUACUUUAUUAUGAUGAAUUAUCACUAUCCGUCCGUGUUAUGGUAGUACUUUAACAUAACACAUACGUUUAAAAGUAA